AUGCUUGUGGGAGCUGCUGCCAGAAAAUUAAAAUCUGAAAAGUUAAAGAAAUUAGGUAACUGGGUCGCUGAUCAGUCGCAGAACCUUUUAGGCGAAGAUAAUGAAAUAUCUAAGCAGCUAAAAGAUUUUAAAGGUCAGUUGAAUGGCGAAGAGUUUAAAUUAAAUUCACUUAAAGAAAAGGAGAAACAGCCAGAAUAUCCACCAAUUGAGGCAUCGCCGAUUAAUUCAGCACCUGCGCCAGUAACUGCAGUCGCACCAUAUGACCCUGGCGGUUAUGGAAGACCUUUUGACC